AUGGAGGGAAGAGAAGAAAAUGAGGUGGAGAAAGACAAUCAAGAACAACAACAGACUGGUGCAGAAGAAGAAGAGAUGGAGGGAAGAGGAGAAAAGGAGGUGGAGAAAGACAAUCAAGAACAAAAGAUUGAUGAAGAAGAAGAAGAGACGGAGGAAGGAGGAGAAGAAAAGGAGGUAGAGAAAGAAUAUGAACAACAGAUUGAUGGAGAAGACGAAGAGAUGGAGGAAAAAGAAAAGGUGGAGAAGGAAGAUCAUAAACAACAGGUUGGUUUAAAAGGAGAAGAAAUUCAUGCCUUGGCAGAAGCAGAACCAAAUGACGAACAAGCAAACCAGCUCGAUCAAUCAGAUUCCCAAAACUCUUCACCUCCAUCACCUCUACGAGACUGUGAACUUUCUGAAACACUGAGUUAUGAUGGUGCAGAAACAGGAAGCGAAGUCCUCACAGAUGAAGAGAAAGGCUCGGGUGCUGCCAGGAACCAUAACGGGGACAUUUAUCCCACAUCAGCGAGCAACGACAAUGAAAAGGAGGGAGUUUCAACUGCUUCCCUGAUGGACACUCGUCUACCUUCUGUCGAUGUCCGUCUGAAUCUGAAAGAUCCCACAGAGAAGGUGGAAACACAGAGUUUGGAGCAACACGAGAGAUUUGAAACAUCUUCGCCGACAUCAUUUCCUGGACAUCACGGUGAAACAGCAGAAGAGGCAGCAGAUGACGAUACCCAAGAUUUAACAUCUGAACUUCAGACAGAUCUACAGGCCUCAGGCUGCAGGUUGGAGGGGAAAGUGUCGGUGAUGGAUGCAGCUGCUCAGUCGUCGUUGAGAGCCGAACCAGUAAGCAAAGAGCUCAGUCCGACCCAAAACUCAUCCAGCGCAGGAAAUCCUGUGAUGGAAGUGAAGGAGGACACAGAACACAAAGAGGAAGGAGGUGAAAACUCACACAAGAUGAACGGCAAGGUCGACGCAGCCAACGACAAGAAGAGCGUUAGAGGGCAAUCAUCAAAGUACAAAACUGUGUCCUACAGGAAGAUACAGAGAGGAAACACCAGACAGAGGAUUGAUGAGUUUGAGUCCAUGAUGGUGAUCAAGCCCUAAAUGUUGUCAGAUGGUUUGGUUCUAUUGACCUGGUAGCUUUUUUGUGAUCCUCUGCUUAGAGAUGAUGAACCCUCGUGGUAAUGUGUAGAGAAAAGUAGUGGAUCCAGGAUAGAACCCUGCGGUACGCCAUUUUAAUGUCCCUUCAAAGAGGGAUAGCAAGGACUGAAUCCAGGUUAGGUUUGCAUGACACCAUUACUAAUUUUCCACUUUUAUGCAUGAAAGGCAUUCCGGUCGAGGCAGAUGGCCGACCACCCUGAGCCAUGGUUCUGCUCGAGGUUU